CAACGCUGCCGUUCGUGACAUUACGGUAACGUCACCUCCGUCAUUUACGGUAAAAUGACAGGAGCGGGAAGUGAAGUGAGAUCAACACGGAGAGAAAGAGAAGCGAGGGAGAAGAAUGAGUGAAAGCGGCGCUCAGGUGUUAGCUCGGACAAAAGCUCGUCGUUGUCUCACAGACAUUGAACCUCGUCUGUUUCCUGGCAACGGUGGACCAGACCACGGUGAAGUCGUGGAAGUAUGCGGCCCUGAGAGGACAGGUAAGACAGAGCUACUCUAUCACCUCCUCUGUCGUUGUGUUCUGCCAAAGAGCGCCGGUGGACUGGAGGUGGACGUCAUGUUUGUGGACACAGAUUAUAGUCUGGACAUGUUUCGACUGGUCAGCAUCAUAGACAGCAGACUGACCACAGCUCUCUCGCCCUCUGCUGGUUCAGAUGAGGAGGUGCUGCGUUCGUGUCUGUCUCGUCUCCUGGUCGUCCACUGCUCCUCCUCCUCCCAGCUCCUCCUCACCCUCCACUUCCUGGAGAACUCCUUCUCAUCACGACCAGGCCUCGCUCUCCUCCUUAUUGACAGUAUCUCUGCCUUCUAUUGGUUGGAUCGCUGUGAGGGAGGGGCCAGCUUUUCCAAGCAGGAAGAGAAGCUCAGCAAGUGUUCGGAGCUCCUGGGACGACUGCUCAGGGAUUACAGAAUCACUGUCUUUGCCACCUGCCAUGCCAUCAGGAGGAUCCACAGUGGACCGUCUUCCUCCUCCUCCUCCUCAGACUCUGACCGUCCGUACCUCUGUCGCUCUUGGCAACGUCUGGUGACCCACCGGCUGCUGUGCUCCCGACAGGCCAGCACAGCAGGAGGCAGCAGAGAGCAGAGGACGCGGCAGAUCUUCACUGUCCACUGCUCCUCCUCCACUGGGACAAAGGCUCACAGAAUCAGCUCCUUCCAUGUAACAGAUGGAGGAGUGGACUUCACCUGAACUGUGGUUGUUGUUAUUUUAUGAACUUCAGGAGGUUUUCUGAGACUGAAUGACCUGCUUUGUUCAUGAGUUCUGGAGGUUUGUAGUGGAUCAGAGAGUCCACGGGUCAUCAGAACUAAGGUUCUGCAGGUUUAGGAUGUUAGAUGUUCUUUUAAGUGGUUUGCUGGUGUUCUAACAAUGGCACGUGUGUUAAAAUGUUCCUGAACCUUCAUGAGGUUCUUCAGGUUGUCAUGCUGAUGGAGGAUGUUGUUCCUGUUUGUCUCUUUCAGGUUCUCAUGGUCAGUUAAUAAAAGUUCUGAUUUAA